UUGGGGGUCACACUGUGCUGUGUAUUAUAAAUAAACAUAAAUUAUUCGAAAUCGAAAGCAAUAUACAGAAAAAUUUCAAUUUUGCGACAAAUUACAUAUUUACCCUUUUUAUUUUACAAUAACCAACUCUUUAUUAACGGAGGACUAAAGUCAAGAAGGAAGAGAGCACAAAUCCAAAAUUCAAAUUCGGGAAAAAUUUUCAUUGUUUUCUUUUGCCUGCUACCAUUUUCUAUUUCAUUUGUGGUUUUUCUUUUUGAUUUUUUCUUUCUUUCAUUUUAUUUAAAUUAAAGAAGAAGAGUGAUAUUGUGAGCAAGCGAGCAAACUAACAAGAGAAAGAGUGAGAGUGAGAGGGAAUACGAAUGUGUGGCAGUACGAUAUAGAGUGGGAUAGCAAGCAAAAAUUUCAACAAACGUUAUAACUGCAGCAAUAACAAUCAUCGAGGAGAGCGACGACGAAGGACGACAAGCUAAAACCCCACUCACAGAGAGCCAGUGAGAGAGGAGAGAGGAGGACACCCCCGUACCCCCGUCCAUUAAUCAAAGGCAGCUAAAAUCAACAACUCCAAAAUUGUGGAAAAUUCGUAAAAAGCUCUGGAAGUAAAGCCAGUCAAAUUAUGGAUCGGUACGAUAUGGAUGAUAAUGUUGUUGCCCCGCCCCAGCCCGAAUGCAAUUCCCCCCUGAAGGAGUGGCGUCUGAAACAGCAGUCUGGCACAUUGUCACCCAAAGUUUUCAUCGAAUUUUUUAAAAAGGAAUCGCCAAAGUUUUUCGAAUUUCAAAAUGAAACGGAAACAGAUUCUAAAAAUGUACCGACUUUGAAAAUCACUCACGACGAAAAUGGCAAUAUGAGUGUGGACUCCGAUUGGGGCGAUUACGAUGAUGAUGAUGAAAAUACCAUGAAUUCUGGCUACUUUCCCUUCGAGGAGCUGCUCACUACGAGCGCCAAGAAUGUGAAUCUAUUGCAAGAGAUCAAACGUUUGCAGGAAAGCAAAUGGGGAGUGACCCACGGGUCAUUGAAAUGUAUGUUCAAGGAGACACAGUCCAAGGAGGAGAUAAUCGAUGUGGUUGUGGAAUUCAUGUUGGGCGAUAAUCCUGCCGCAGCAUUGGAAAAAUUACAACAAGAGGGUAAUACAUCAACCGUUUGUGGCAAGGUCUUCAAGAAUGGUGAACCCACGUACAGUUGCCGAGAGUGCGGCGUGGAUCCAACUUGUGUGUUGUGUGUUAGUUGCUUUAAGCGUUCGGCACAUCGUUUUCACAAGUACAAGAUGUCCACAUCGGGCGGUGGUGGCUGUUGUGAUUGUGGCGACAAUGAGGCCUGGAAAAAGGAUCAAUAUUGUCAACUUCAUUUGGCCAAUCGUCAAAAUCCAUUGGAAAGCAAAAUUCUUACCCCUGCGGUUUUAGAGCGCUGCGAAAUUUGCUUUAGUGCCAUUUUAUCGUUUUGCGUCAACUAUCUGGAGAUAGAGCCAAAUGCCAGUUUACAGUGCUUGGAUGGGGAACAAGUGGAUGGAACUCAAUUUUGCACAGUACUCUAUAAUGACGAGUCGCACACAUUCGAUCAGGUGAUACAGACACUGACAAAGAUAGCCAAAUGUCGCCACAAAGAUGCCAUGGAAAUUGUGGCGGCCAUCGAUCGUGAGGGUCGUGCUGUUGUCAAAUGUGACACAUUCAAGGAAUGCAACGAUCUGAAAACGGCAAUUGAGAAUCAAAUGAUACCGCCAAGCGGUUUAAUCACCAAUGCACGGCACAGCCAAUCCCUGCGUACCUCAGUGCUGCAUAUUAAUUCAGUCGCCUGUCAACAGUUUGCCUUGCAAUUGCUGACCUGGUUCCAAGAGUUCCUUGUACGACAUUAUCUAUUUCGGAAAAUCUUUGCCACAUUGGUCCAGACAAAGAAUGUGGACUACACAAUACGGCACAUCUUGGAGUAUGAUGUGAAAUUGUGGAAAACGGCAAGAACUUGUUGGCAUCGUUUGCUCAUUUCGGGCAUGCUAAUGGAAUAUGACAAUAAAAUGGUUUUGGCACAGGAAUUUUCACGUAGAUAUGCCACCAUUGUGGAGGAUUUUAUUAGCGAUGAUCAUGAUCAUUCCUUUUCGAUAGUCUCAUUGAGUGUGCAACUGUUUACGGUGCCGAGUAUUGCACAUCAUUUGAUUGCCCAUGAGGGUAUAUUUGAUAAGCUGUUGCAUACAUUCCAUCAUGUGGCCAUUGGAAAAUUUAUCCAAAAUAAAACAUUACACUUUAGCAAGAAUAUAGCUAGUAUGGCGUUCUUUAAGAGGGCUAACUAUAUAUUGUAUGAUCUGCGUUAUCUGCUCAGUCUGAAGCCGGAUGUAUUGAGCAAUGAAUUGCGUAGCGGAUUUUUAGAUGGAUGCAAAGCUUUGAUGGGAGUCCUAAAUGUAAUGCAGGGUAUGGAGUCAAUCACUCGUCAAACUGGUCAACAUAUGGACUAUGAGCCCGAAUGGGAAUGUGCUUUCAAUUUGCACAUCAAACUGGCCACAACCAUAUCGCAAGUUAUUGAAUGGGCAGCAAGUGAUGUGAAACUUUUGCGCAAACUGUAUAAGAUGACUGUACGUGCACUAGUCAGUAAUAAUUUCAUUGUAGGUAGUGAGAAGGUCGAAUCGAAAAGUGUUGCCGAUCAUUCAGCAAACUGUUUAAUGUACGAUGUUGCCAUACGCCCAGUUUCGAUCCAUUUGCCCCUGUCACGAUUCUAUGCGGGCAUAUAUCUGCAUCUGGGUGCACAUGACAUGAGCUACGAUAGUCUAUUGGCCGAGAAUGAGGUCAUUUUUACUAAAUUAACGCCACGGGAAAUAAUUGAACCUGUUCUCUGCACUCAUGCAAUGAUUGCUCAGGUGGCCGCCGGAAUGUGGCGUCGCAAUGGUUAUUCCCUGCUCCAUCAGCUCUAUUUUUAUCGCAAUGUACGCUGUCGUGUUGAGAUGCUUGAUAGGGAUAUUGUGUGUUUACAAAUUGGAGCAUCCCUAAUGGAAAGCAAUGAGUUUCUAAUCCAUGUGCUAAACAAAUUCAACUUGAUACCUUGGGCACAGCCAACGUAUGAGACUUCAUUGGUCGAAUCGCCGAUAGAUGAUGAAUUUAUGCGUCAGUUAUCCAUGAUCGAUGAGUUCCUAGAGCUAUUGAUUGUGAUCAUUGGCGAACGUUGGAUGCCAGGUGUAUCGAUGGUCAGCGAACAGGAUCGCCUAAGGAAAGAGAUUAUUCAGUUGCUUUGCACCAAAUCGUAUUCCCAUUCGGAACUGAGUCGAGCCUUGCCGGACACAAAUAGUGGCAAUUUUGAUAACUUUAUCGAGAAUGUCAUUAGCUCGGUGGCAACAUUUAAGAAACCAGUUGGAGUCGAUAGCAAAGGUGUCUAUGAGCUCAAAGAGCAUCUUUACGAAGAGUUCAAUGUGUAUUUCUAUCACUACACUAAAGAGGACAAAUCAAAGGCUGAGGAGCUGCAGCGUGAGCGUCGUAAAACUAAAAAACAGCUGGUCUGCUGCCCACCACCCAUGUUGCCACAGUUGACGCCAGCUUUCACCUCCAUGGCCAAUAUAUUGCAGUGCAAUGUUUUUCUAAACAUUUGCAAACUAGUCAUGGAACGCGCCUUGGAUCCAUGCAGCCGUUCCUUUACAGAAAGCCAUUUGCAAAAGAUCCUUCAUCUGCUCGGCUUUGCUAUUCAAGAGGAGUUGAGCGAACAUUAUCCGUUCCUUAGUUUCUAUGAGCGUUCGCAAACAUUUGGCAUUCUAGAUAAGCUAGAAGAAUUGGCUCGCUGUCAAUGGUUGGAGGCCCACCGGGAUUUUGUGUUAUGGACCAUAAAACGUUUUAGGGAACUGCAGGCUAAGCAAGCACCUCAAGCAUCCGGUAUGGGGGCCGAUGGUCCCAGUGGUUCACAGCAAACUGGUAAAGAAGAUCAACCUCGCACUUCUGAGGAGCAGGCACGUGUGGAGAAGGAGGCACGGGCCCGCCUUGCAGCCGAACGUAGAGCCAAAAUAAUGGCGCAAAUGCAAAGCGCCCAAAAGUCAUUCAUGAAGUCAAAUGCCGAAAUGUUUGCCAAUGCGGAGAGCGAUAGCAAAACAACUGAUGCCGGUGGGGCAGCUGGCGGUGAUAUGGAAUGGGAGGAUACACCAGGUGACGGCGGCAGCAGUAGCAGCCACAAUCUGGAAGAGCAAGGAGCAGCAGCCCUUGUGGUUGAGUCGCCGUCAUGCCUGGGCGUUAACCGCAGCCAUUACCAGGCCGGUGAAAAUACUUUCAAGUGUAUACUCUGCUGUGAGGAUUGUAGUAUUACCACCACCGGCCCGCCGCUGGUUAGUUCGGCCUUUGUCCAGACAUCGCGGGUUAUUCUAACACUUUCGAAUAAAAAUCAACCCGAUACGGGGCUACAUGUGAGCUGUUGUGGCCAUGUUAUGCACUACAGCUGUUGGCAGGAAUACUAUAGCAACGAGGAAUCGAAAGAGCAACGUCGUCCGCACCGCAAUCGUGUGGCCCUGUCCCAGGCACAUAAUGUGGAGUUCCAUUGUCCCUAUUGCCGUACACUGAGUAACACUGUGCUUCCGGUGAGCGAGGCAUUACCAAAGUUUUCGCCAGCCCCAGUUGUGGCACCGGGACAGGAGAAUUUCAUACCAUUGGAUUCCUUUGUGGAGAUCAUGCGAACUUUGGCGGCUGAGCUUAAUCUGUUACCCUAUGAGGAUAUGUGGACAUAUCCAAAUUGUAGCCGCAUUCUACGCAAAUCGAAUGUGAUUAACGAUGUCGGCCAGUUCGAGCGUAGCAUUCAGAUUAUCGAUGAGCCAAAGCUCCAUGCGAAUUGGUCCGAGGUGAUGACGGCCUUCAACAAGGCCCUAAGCAAUGCCACGCAGAGUCAACAGGCCAAUCAACGUGACUUGCCGCCAGCAAGCAGUGAUAGUGGUCACAUGGCCACCGUAUCCACAUUCUGGGAUACCUGCAGCUAUACGCUGCAAUCGUUGGAAGUCUAUUUGUUUGCUGUACACAAGCCACUCAAGGCUGAGCUGCCCAUGCGGCAUCAGAGUUGUGUCAGCAAUUUGGUACGCGCCUGCGCUCUGUCCUCAGCCAUUUUGCUGCCAGCUCAGAUAACCUCUCAGGCGGAGAUAGGAGCCAAGUUGCUUGAUACAAUCUUUAAUCAGAAGGGUACCAGUGUGCUGGAAUGGGAUUGCUUCUCGAUGAUGGUCACAUGCAACUUCGUUGUCCCCAAUUUAAUGGUGGCCGAGAAUGCCUCCAAGGCCGUCAUACCAAGUGGUAGCAUGUUUGACUUCUUUAUAUUACAAACACUUUUCCUGGCUAAUCUCACCAAGGCGGUCAUUUGCUUUGACUAUGACAAGGAAAAACAGCGGGAUAAAAAUGAACAAGAACUUUUGGAAGAGCUGGCCUAUGUUGAGCAAUUGCCCUGCAAGAUUCAAGCGAAUAUGGUGAACUUCUAUCGUCGCUACAAUAUCCCGGCUCGUCUCCGGCAACAGCAUUUGGAGAAGGAGCAACAGCAGAAGCAUGAAGAACAGAUGCGCUCACAUCCUACAGAGAUGCAGCAGAAUGAAUUGCCCAAUGUGAUCAUACCAUGUGAACUGCAACAUCUUGCUUUACUGUUGUCAUAUGUCAAGCGGCAAAUGAGCUCGUUCCUGCGGUGCUCUUGUCUCUUCUAUCGCUGUAUGACCGAUGUGGACUUUCCGGACACGUUUCCAACAAAUCAACCGGAUCGAUUUGAUUUGAUGUGCCAAUAUCUGGGUCUGGAUGGCCAGUUGGGCAUCUACUUUGAUAUGGAGACAACCUAUGCCACUUUAAUGCAUAACUUUGCCUCGCAUCCGGAUGUGGUUAAUCAAGUGGACCGAAAUGAAGCUGCUGCAACUGUGGAAGUGGUGCCGUGUCUGCGUCCCUUCCCAAGGCUGGUGCCACUGUACGAUGACUAUAGCGAUCUUAUUAAUAGUGUAUCGGACAUCUUUUGUCCCAACAAUGAGCGGGAGGAGAUGAAGACGCCAACCAUGUGCUUAAUAUGUGGGGCUAUUCUGUGCGGACAAUCGUAUUGCUGCCAACCGGAACUGGGUAAACUUCAAGUGGGAGCAUGUACACAUCAUGCGCACGACUGUGGUGCCGAAGUGGGUAUCUUUCUACGCAUUCGGGACUGCCAGGUGGUGUAUUUGGGCAGGGGCAAGGGUUGCUUUGUCCAGCCACCGUAUUUGGAUGAAUAUGGCGAGACGGAUCAAGGAUUACGCAGGGGCAAUCCAUUGCGUUUGUGUAAGGCUGCUUAUGAUCGCAUAUUUUUGCAAUGGCUGGGCCAUAAUCUGCACGAAGAGAUUGCUCGUCUCAAUGAUCAUGCCAAUGUAGCUGUUACGCAAUGGCAUCACAUGUAGUCCGCAGGAUGGAAGCUGCAGCUAUAAACAAUGAAGAAGCAUAACCAGAAGAAGAAGAAGGAGGAAGAAAUGGAGGAGUUAGAAAACGAAAAGGACAUGAAAAAGCAGCAGCAACAGAAUAAGAAGAAGAGUGAUAGCUAUGGCGACGGCGACGACGGUCAAUGUGAUUAUUACAUACUAACAUUAGGAGAGCAUAUUUAUACGUCUAAGCAUUUUACUACUUAUACCCCCCUACCUACCCCCCCAAACCACCCACCACACCCCAAAAUGGUAACAGCGCCAUCUCUUCUACCACACAAAACAAACCAUAAAUUCAAAUCUUUGUACUGACCCCCAACCACUACACCCCCUACUUUAUCCCUCUGCUAAGCUCCUUUCCCUACACCACCACCACUACCACUACCAACCACCAGACUAUAAUAUUUAUAAUAAUCUCAUGGUUUUUCUUAUUAAUUAA